GCCUGUGUGUGUGUGCGUAGUACACAUGCAUACAUACAAUAAACGACAAAAGAACUUAUUGUCGUCAACAAAUACAACGAAUAUUAAUUUUUAUACCAUUUUAUUUUCUGCAUGAAAAAUCAAAAGUACUAAACUAAAGAAAGUUACUAAAGCUAACGAAGUACAACAAUAAUAAUAAAAACCAGCAGCAGCUGUGGACAACGAAAAAGAGCAAACGAAAGAGAGAGAGAGAAUAAGCAAAUAAGCAAGUGUUGUAAGUGAGAGAGCGAUACAAAGAGAGAGCGAGAGAUAAAACUAACAACGACGACGCAUAAACAAAACCGAAACUGAAAAUAUUUGCCCAAAGAAUUACAUUAUACCCCAAAAAAGCAAAGCGCAAAACGAACAAGAAGGCAAGAAGAAGCAGGAGAAGAAAAAGCACACAAGACGGAAGGAGCAAUUGGGAGAUUGGCACGUACCACGACCAACCCAACAAAAAUGAAUAUGCUACACAGUUUCAGCAGCGGUGGCGCUUCCAACGCCGCAGGCGAUGCCACCAAUGCAGAUACCGAGUUGAAGGAACGGCUCAUUGCGAGCGUUAAGAAGGAGGUGAAACAGCUAAUGGAGGAGGCGGUCACCAAGAAGUACGUGCACGAGGAGAGCAGCUCAGUGACCUCGCUUUGUGGCGCCGUCGAGGCAUGUCUCAGUCAUGGACUACGCCGGCGUGCAUUGGGUCUGUUCAAGACAUCGUCCACAACGGCGUUGAUACAGAAGAUCGCCAAGAUCUGUCCCGAGGCAGACUAUGUGAGUCGACGCCUCUUGGAGCUGGAGUUGGCCCAGGAAAGUCAUGCGGUUAGCGGUAAGCGUUCAUCCUCGAGCAGCGACAGCAUCAUCAAGCCCAAGCUCCUCAGCAAGGGCAGCGGCAGCAGCAACUCCGUGACGGCCAUCAAUUCAGUUGUCUCCGCGUCGGGAGCAAAUGGAGCCGCUGCACCGCUUGGCAAGUAUCUGUGGAUACGUCUGGCUCUGUAUGAGAAACGUCUGGCCAAGAUCAUUGAGCAUCUGGUGAACAAUGCUCAGAGCUAUUACGAUCGCGAGGCGCUGGUCGCCGAUCCCGAUUAUGGUUCCAUACUUAGCUCGCUGCUUGUGGGUCCCUGUGCUCUGGAGUUUACGCGCGCCAAGACUGCCGACCACUAUUGGUCCGAUCCCUGUGCCGAUGAGCUGGUGCAGCGUCAUCGCAUCAGCUCUGGCAAUCGGACGCCGCCCACCUGUCAUCGGCCCAUUAUUAACUUCAAGCGGAGCCUGCACACGAGCUCGGAGGACACGAGCAGCGGCAGCUUCAAGGCCUGCUCGCCGGCGAGCGUGGCCAAGGAUUAUGUGGAGUCACUGCAUCAGAAUUCUCGCACCACUCUCCUCUAUGGCAAGAACAAUGUGCUCGUCCUGCCCAAGGAUGUGGCUGAACCGAUGCCGGGUUACCUCAGCCUCCAUCAGAGUGUCCAGUCCCUGACCAUCAAAUGGACGCCAAAUCAACUGAUGAACGGCUACAACGACACUGAUGGCACCGACAAGAGCUUCUAUUGGGGCUAUGCACUCAACAUCAAUGUGGAUGAGAUUGUCUAUGUGCAUUGCCAUCAGAAUCGUGGCGGGGACACGGGUGGCAUUAUUAUCCUUGUCGGUCAGGAUGGCGUUCAACGUCCUCCCAUUCACUUCCCAGAGGGCGGACAUCUGCAGGCAUUCCUCAGCUGCCUGGAGACGGGUCUGUUGCCACACGGACAGCUGGAUCCUCCGCUCUGGUCUCAGCGUGGCAUUGGCAAACUCUUCCCCUGGCCCAAGAGUGUGCGUCGUCACAUCCUGCCCUCGGUCAUGGAGUCAUCCAGCGAUGAGACGCCCAUCGACUAUGUCUUUCGUGUGGUCAGCAAGAGUCAGCACGAGGAGUUCUUGGCCACACAUCCCAUCUUGGAGCUGGGACGUUCGAGUCCGCGUCGCAAGCAUCUGGGCAGCUGCUCGACCACCGGCAGCAGCGAUUGCUCCAGCAAAAGUCUGUCCAUUGAUCAAAGCAGCAAUCCGGAUCCUCCUUUGAUCCAGGCCAGUCAAACUGCCAGCAUUGAGCUGGUCUGCUCCACGAUGCGUCGCCAGAUCAUCUCGAGAGCCUUCUACGGCUGGUUGGCCUACUGUCGCCAUCUCUCCACGGUGCGAACCCAUCUCUCCGGCCUGGUCAACGGUCGCAUCACACCAGAUUUGGCUGCCGAUGAGGAGGGUCUGUCCAGGCAGAAGUGGCAGGACAUGCAUGUGGAUGGCGUUGUUUCCGGCGAACUGGAGCUCUAUCGUCUGGUUUACUUUGGUGGCGUGGAGCACGAGCUGCGCAAGGAGGUCUGGCCAUAUUUGCUGGGGCACUAUGCCUUCGGCUCCACACCGGAGGAGCGUCAAAAGCAGGACGAGACCUGCAAGCACUACUAUGAGACCACAAUGAGCGAGUGGCUCGCAGUGGAGGCGAUUGUGCGACAGCGGGAGAAGGAGAAGACGGCAUUGGCUGUGGCCAAACUGGGCGCGGAGCAGGCAAGACUCGCCGUCAAGACGAAUGCGAGUAACCCAGAGGAGCUGCCAUCCAAUGACAACAGGCAGUUGGAUCAUGUCGAGGCGAAUGAUGACUUGAUUGAAGGAGAGAACGAUGUAUUCGAUGACAACGAUUUCUCGGACAUUUCCGAUCCGGGUGAUGAGUUCGAUGAGCAGCCUUUGGCCGAGGCAGCUGCAGAGGAACAUGAUCCACGGAAUAAGGCAGAGGCAGGGCGAGAACAGGUGGUUCAAUUGAGACCACAACUUAACGAGCAGGUGGUCCUGGAGUUCCAAAACAUCGAUGACAUGGAGCCGCUGCGUUUGCAGGAGAACUGCUUUGCUGACUCGGAAACUGAAGGCGAUCUGGGCUUAGCCCUGGACGGUAGUGGCAAUAUAUUGAUGUUAAGCAUCAAGAGUUCACCUUCCACCAGCAGCUACGAGACGGUGGGCAAUGAGUUUGCCGAUCUUGCAGAGGGUAAGGCUCUAGAUGAAGCAGAACCAGCAGAUGCAGAGGAUGCAGAGGAUGAAAAAGAAGCAGAUGGAGAAGGAGAAGGCGAAACGGAUCUUUUUGGUCAGCUUAGCAAAUUUCACAGCGCUGACGAUGUGCGUCAUGAUGAGGAGCAUCCUGCCACGGCUGUCAUCAUCACAGAGGCAGCAUCCCUAGAUGAUCUCGAUAUACAAUGCAAUGACGACGAGCCCACCGAGGAGUUUACCUCACGCAAGACCAGUCUCAUGUCGCCCCUGAACGAGGACAUCACUGUGGUGGCCUCCUUGGAUGCCCUGCAGGAGCCAAAGUCCGCCUGCGUCUCACCUGCCAGCUCCAAUGGCGGCGUCUACAGCGUUGAGCUGCUGGAACAGUUUGGCCUGAAUCUGCAUCGGAUCGAGAAGGAUGUGCAGCGUUGUGAUCGCAACUAUUGGUACUUUGCCAACGAGAAUCUGGACAAGCUGCGCAAUGUGAUAUCCACGUAUGUGUGGGAGCACCUGGACGUUGGCUACAUGCAGGGCAUGUGCGAUCUGGUUGCUCCGCUCCUGGUUAUCUUCGAUGAUGAGUCGCUCAGCUACAGCUGCUUCUGCAAGCUCAUGGAGCGCAUGAUCGAGAACUUUCCCAGCGGUGGUGCCAUGGACAUGCACUUUGCGAACAUGCGUUCGCUCAUUCAAAUACUCGACUCGGAGAUGUACGAUCUGAUGGACUCGAAUGGGGACUAUACGCACUUCUACUUCUGCUAUCGCUGGUUCCUCUUGGACUUUAAGCGUGAGCUCAUCUAUGACGAUGUCUUUGCCACCUGGGAGGUCAUCUGGGCGGCCAAGCACAUUGCCUCCGGUCAUUUUGUGCUCUUCCUGGCGCUGGCGCUGCUCGAAACCUAUCGCGAUAUCAUCUUGUCCAACAGCAUGGACUUUACCGAUGUCAUCAAGUUCUUUAAUGAAAUGGCCGAGCGUCAUAAUACCCAGUCGAUCCUGCAGCUAUCGCGUAGUCUUGUCCUGCAAUUGCAAACAAUAAUUGAAAACAAAUAAGUUUCAUUAAAAAUCCCAACGCAAAGCUGAUUUUAAAGGCAAUGGAGCUGGAAACGGAACUGGAACUGGAACUAGCAGUGGAUUGAAAAAUGGAACUGAAGCUCAUUUGGUUGCAUCUGCAUCUGUGUGUAUAAUUUGUUUGCAUAUGUGUGUGUAAUUCUCGAAUCUGUGUGAGUGUUUGUGUGUGUGCUUGUGUGUGUGUGUGUGUGUGUGUGUUUAUUUGAGAGUAGUGUGUAGAGCAGUUAUUAACUAGCACUUAGAAGGCUCAACUAACUAAACGGAGUUAGUUCACAUGCAAUAAAUAGCAUCCGUACUUCCUAAUCAGUAUUGGAGAUAUGUUAGAGACAGCACAUAUAUACAUGCAUACUUAAUAUUUACAUAUUUACA